GACUCCAGUUAACAUUGAAGAAUAGACCUGAAAGGCAAAAUAUUCCUUUAGAUUUUUUAAGUUGCGAAUUUGAGUACUCAUGAUGAAGAAACAUUUAAUAUUUUUGGGUUAUUUGGUGUUCACAAGCUGUCUAGUGCGGGCUCAGUUGGAGCAGCUACAAUGUGAGAAGGAGGGCUUUGCAGUAGUGCAGUCUACGAAUUGCAGCUCGUACUACUACUGUGUAAGAAGUGCUAACAAUGAAUUUUAUCCAAUCGAAUUUAAAUGCCCCUCGGGUGAAGAAUUUUCACUAGUACUGCUUAAGUGCAUACCAGAAGAAGAAAACGAGUGUGGGAAGUUACCCGGAACAUUGGUUGAGGAUCCCAUACUUACCGAGGAAUUCGUGUGUCCAUCACAAGGACGUUUUCCAGACGUUGAGUCACUUGACUGUAAAUCUUACUUUACCUGCGCUGCGGAUCUGAUCCCUGCGCGGAAUACGUGCCCAUCAGUGACCAUAUUUUCGUGGACUGCUAUGAAGUGUGUGAUGCCAGAUACGUUUACUUGUCCGAAUAGUGUCGUAACUACAACUGAAGAGCCUACGACUACAAAAGCUCCGGAUGGAUUCGUUUGCACUGGUGAAGGUCGUUUCGCCGACCCACAAACGGUAGACUGUAAAACUUAUUAUCUCUGUACGAAGACACCUAGUGGCACUGUUGAAGCAUCGCUCAAUCAAUGCCCUUCAACCACUAUUUUUUCGUCGAUUUCGAGUAAAUGUGUUACACAAGAAAACUAUGUCUGUCCUUCAACCGUAUCACCAACAAGUACCGUGGAACCAACUUCGACUGAUCCUGCAACAGAACCAACAACUGAAGUGUCUACGGAAAAAUCAACCGAUAGUGAAUCAACUGAUACUGUUGAGCCGCCUACUUCAGAAUUGGUAACAGAUGAUUUAGAGGUUUCUCCUUCGUCAACGGAACCGCCUACGUCUUCCGAACUUCCAACUGAACCCACUGCAACUGAAUCAUCUACCCAAGACCCAACCAAUGAAACUGAGACUACUACCGCUUUGGUAACAGACGAUGUUGAGCAGUCAACUUCGACCACAGUAUCAACUAGUACCGAGGAGCCUACGACUGAACCUGCAACUGAAUCUACGGCUGCACCACCAACUGAAGGAUCUACGCAAGAGCCGACUGCCAGUGAAACAACAGAGACCAUUGAGCUAACCACUGCAGACACAACCAUGGAAACUACUAUUGCAGAAACAACCGAGGAAGUAACUCACUCAGUCUCCGUUACGCACACAGAAGAACAAUCAACAAUACAAGUUAGUACUAGUGAGGCAGCGACCGAAGUUGUAACCACUCCGGAACCCACUGUUGAGGAAACAACUGUUUCUGUUACAACUCCCACAGAGGAGUCUACCACUACUGAAACGUCCACUAAGGUACCUAGUGAACCAUUCACAUGUGAUGGUAAAGGACGUUAUCCAGAUCCGGCGUCUAGCGACUGUAAAAGUUAUUAUCUCUGUUCAGAGAAUGAAGAAGGAAUAAUUGAGGCAACGCUCAACCAGUGCCCAACGGUAACCGUGUUCGAUUCCGUAAAACUCAAGUGCGUACUUCCAACAGACUAUCAGUGUUCGCAAGGAGUAAGUACUACUACAGAAGUUACGGAGGAACCCAUUACAAACGAAGUUACAACCGAAGUUACUGUUGCGGAAACACCUAGUACCGUUACAGAAGAACAAUCAACAAUACAAGCUAGUACCAGUGAGGCAACGACCGAAGUUGUAACCACUCUGGAACCAACUGUUGAGGAAACAACUGUUUCAGCUACAACUCACGCAGUCGAGUCUACCACUGCUGAAACAACCACUAAAGAACCGAGUGAAUCGUUCACAUGUGCUGAGAAAGGACGGUAUCCGGAUCCAGCGUCUAAAGACUGUAAAAGUUAUUAUCUCUGUUCAGAGAAUGCAGACGGAACCAUUGAGGGAACGCUAAACCAAUGCCCAACGGUAACCGUGUUCGAUUCCGUAAAACUCAAGUGCGUACUUCCAACAGAGUACCAGUGUUCACAAGAAGUAACUACCACUACUGCUGUUACGGAGGAGCCCAUUACAACCGAAGUUACCACGCCACAACCUCCAACCACUGAGGCUUUCGCUUGCCCAAGCUCUGGACGUUUUCCCGACCUCACAUCAACCGACUGUAAGCGAUACUAUCUCUGUUCAGGAAUCGCUGGCGGAGCCUUCGAAGCAGUAUUAACGCAGUGUCCAGGAACUACUCUUUUCUCUCUGGAGAGUAAUCGAUGCGUCUUAUCGACUCAAUAUCAAUGCCCAACCAAUAUGCCCAGUACGGAGCCGGUUGCUCCAUCAACGACGGAAACAACUGUUUCUACAACCGUGCCGUCCGGUGGUACGGAUAAAUUUAGCUGUAAAAGCGUUGGACGCCAACCGGAUCCAAGUCAACCCGAUUGCACGAAAUACAAAUACUGUCUGCUGACAGCAACGAACGAGUUCUUAGAGUACACUUUCUACUGCCCUGAAGGCACCUAUUUUGAUCCAACAAACUUUAGAUGUUCAAUCAGUUACAAUUGCCCACCUCCACAAACCACAAUUUCUACCAAAGCUGCCGCGGAGCCAACCGUGGCAACGCCAUUCGUUUGUACCACCAAUGGACGGUAUUCGAAUCCAUUAUCGACAGGUUGUGUAGCUUACAUAAUGUGCCUGGUUACGGCUACGGGGGAUGUUCUGCAGUACAAUUUUGAGUGUCCAAGCGGUUAUAGGUUCAACCCGACUGAAGCGAAAUGCGCUUCCGAUUAUGUCUGCGUAUAACCGCGAGACCGAUCGCGAAUGAAUUAUGAAUCAGUAUUAGGAGAGUUUCGAAUCAUGAGUCGAAUACGCACAGAAUGUGCAGAUCGAAUACGUUAUCUUUUAAUGUUCGUUGUUUGUGUUUGAGUAAAAUAAAAUAUAUUGUAUUGAACAAACUUUUUCUUAUAAAAGAAACCAAAAACCAAAAUCCAACUCCACUAAAAUACCGUGUACGUGCACACAAAAGGCGGAAACGGAGAGAAUGAACUUUUUUCGCGAUAAAAAUAGGGGCGUAUUUAGAAUAUGGGCAACGAGAGAAGUUUAACCCCUCCCAUUACUCGAGUGCCAAACACUAGGCGCUCCUCCGGUUUUGGUCGAGUUUUCGCCAUUUCUUUGCACGAGUUCAAUCCAGUAUCAGUUGAAAACAAAUGUCUGGAGCUCGCUAACCACCCACUUCCUGAUCUGACCGACUGCGACCGAUAAGUGGUCUGUUUUUGAUGGCGUUUAUAAAUAAUACUGAAUGUCCAAACAUGACUCUACUAGAUGAACUGCAGAGCACACCCGAAAAAAAAAAAAACGACGACAUCUUUACUCGAGUGUUGCAACAGUUAGUGAUGCACAAAACCUCCUUCACCUUAGUAUCAGCGUAAUAAAACAAUAAUUUAAUCUGUUCGUGAAUCGCGCACGUACGUCCACUCCCCAAUGUCGUGUAAGCACAGACAUUUCUGCAGAGUUCGCGGUUCAUCCCAACUGUGACAAAGCCUUGCUCUCAGCAUGAUUUGAUCACUACCACAGAUAUUACCUGAAAGUUUUCCUAGCCAAUGGCCAUUUUGCAUUCGUUCAUUCAUUUAUUUAGUAUGUAUUACAUUAUAAUUUUCCUUACUUUUUGAGCGAGGACUUUCAGAAAAUCGCCACCUUAAACAUUUUUGAAGACACGGUGGGCCGGUCUCAGCGAGAAUUACCCAAUAACAAAACUGAAUCAACAAUUCCUCGUCACAACAUCCAGAUUAUGGCUGCAGUACUCGAUCCUCGGCCGCGUCCCAUAUUUGCCAAAUCGUUCUGCAUCUGGUCCCCCUACCUUGCUCGCUGCCCUCCAGGUUUUCUUGGACCAUCUGGAUCUCUUACAAACUUCUCAUCGUAUUCUUCCAGCUUCCACCUUCCGGAAUCCGGAAUCCGGAUGCUAGGCUCUUUGUAGACCCGAGUAACCAAAAGUUCGGAUAAAAUAACAUGUUUGGGCUUAAUCAGCUAUUCAAAGGAAGCGAGACUGACUGAGGCUCGUUCCGGUUGCUUAAUAGACUCAGCGGCUGAACCAAUACCCCGGAUCAACUAGCUCAAUAGCAUGCGACCCCUCGAGGUGUGUCUUAGGGCCGGCAUGCUACUGGGUAAUUCGGAGCGGUACGCGGAUCAAGGUGUGCGGAAACUAUGGUAUUUCUUUGGCUAUGGAAGACUGUAUGUUGUUGGGUGGAAAAAAAGCAAAUUUAUUAAAACACACUUAAAUUAAAUCGCCGACCUCAGCAAACGGAUUGCCGAGAAUCCAACAGCUGAUAAUUCGGUAAUAAUUUUUACUGAAUCUCGGUAAAAGUUUUGCCGAGAUGUCGUUAAAACUUUGCCGAGGUCUCCAACCACUGAGGCUUUCGCUUGCCCAAGCUCUGGACGUUUUCCCGACCUCACAUCAACCGACUGUAAGCGAUACUAUCUCUGUUCAGGAAUCGCUGGCGGAGCCUUCGAAGCAGUAUUAACGCAGUGUCCAGGAACUACUCUUUUCUCUCUGGAGAGUAAUCGAUGCGUCUUAUCGACUCAAUAUCAAUGCCCAACCAAUAUGCCCAGUACGGAGCCGGUUGCUCCAUCAACGACGGAAACAACUGUUUCUACAACCGUGCCGUCCGGUGGUACGGAUAAAUUUAGCUGUAAAAGCGUUGGACGCCAACCGGAUCCAAGUCAACCCGAUUGCACGAAAUACAAAUACUGUCUGCUGACAGCAACGAACGAGUUCUUAGAGUACACUUUCUACUGCCCUGAAGGCACCUAUUUUGAUCCAACAAACUUUAGAUGUUCAAUCAGUUACAAUUGCCCACCUCCACAAACCACAAUUUCUACCAAAGCUGCCGCGGAGCCAACCGUGGCAACGCCAUUCGUUUGUACCACCAAUGGACGGUAUUCGAAUCCAUUAUCGACAGGUUGUGUAGCUUACAUAAUGUGCCUGGUUACGGCUACGGGGGAUGUUCUGCAGUACAAUUUUGAGUGUCCAAGCGGUUAUAGGUUCAACCCGACUGAAGCGAAAUGCGCUUCCGAUUAUGUCUGCGUAUAACCGCGAGACCGAUCGCGAAUGAAUUAUGAAUCAGUAUUAGGAGAGUUUCGAAUCAUGAGUCGAAUACGCACAGAAUGUGCAGAUCGAAUACGUUAUCUUUUAAUGUUCGUUGUUUGUGUUUGAGUAAAAUAAAAUAUAUUGUA